AAAAAAACAAAAAAAAUAUUCCAGCCGCUUUGACCACCGAACGCUUGAAAUGCUGCUUUGCAGACGCUUUCGCCUCCAAAAGGAAGGAAUAAAAAUCGCAUCCUCCGAGUUUCGUUUCCCAGCAAUCGGGCGGCCGCUCUCCUCGCGCGCCUAGAAGUAUUUUUCUCUUUAAUCAGGGAGGAUUGAAGAACGCAACCCGCGUGGAAGACUGCCUCUGCGCAGGCGCAGCGUUGAUUUUAAGAAGGGGGGGGGCCGUGAGGAGGGGCGCUGCACGGGGUCCUGUUGGUUGGCGUCGCCCGCCUCUUUCUCCAGCCUAAACGCCCCGCCUCGGAUGCCGUUGCCGCCCCUCCCCCUCUUCUCCUUCUUCUCCUUCUCCUACUACCAGGCGCGCGUCUGACGGGCCGUCGGAACCGGCUGCGAGGCAGGGCCGGAUGGAUGGAUCCCCGGGUUGCCUGGAUCCAGCCGGAGCAGAAAGGCCCCGCCAAUGCGCUCUGGAUGCAGAUCUGGGAGACCUCGCAGGGCCGGACCGGCGGCGGCUCUUCGACGUCCUCGCCGUCUUCGCCUGCCUUCCCGCCGACGGCCGCCACCCGUUAUUCCUUCUGCCGGUUUAGCCCGGCGGCGACGGCGCCUCCAUCGCCCAGCUCCGAGGCCUCCGUUGCUGCUGGCGGACCUCUGUCAUCUCCUCAGCUGAUCUCCAAGCCGGCUUCCCUGCGCCUUCUCCCUGCCCAGAGCGCGGAAAGACGAGCGCCGCGCCUGCUGCUCCUACAGAAGGCCCCGGCGGCGUCCCUCUCUUCCUCCUCCUCCUCCGAGUCUGGGGCUGACAGCCCCGGUGGUGGUUCUUCCUCGUCGCCGUCCUGCGUCCGGCCCGGACUUGGGGGGCCGCCGCCGGCCUCUGGCAAAAUCUUGGCAGGCGCCGCUGAAGCGAAUUCAACGAAGCAAGAAGAGCUGGAGGAGGAGGGAGGAGGAGGAGGAGGAGGGCAGGCCCCGCGGGCCUCCGGCGUGGCCGUUACCGCCCCCUCCUCUCCCCAUCCCCAUUACUACCACCACCACCACCACCACUUCCACCACCACCAGUACCACCCGGGGCGCAGGAAACGAGAGAAUAAGGCCAGCACGUAUGGGAUGAACUAUCUGCUCUCGGGCGGCGGUGGCGGCACCGUCCGCAGAGGGACCGGCCCAGCUGGCGAAAGCGGCCCCUGCUCUCCAGCCCAGGCCGGCUGCGCCCUCGCUCUAGGCACGCCUUGGAAAAGUAGGCAGUACAGCUCAGGUAUACAAGGGCUCCAUGAAGAAAUAAUUGACUUUUAUGACUUUAUGUCCCCAUGUCCUGAAGAAGCAGUUAUGAGACGAGAAGUUGUGAAAAGAAUAGAAACUGUCAUCAAAGAUCUUUGGCCUACAGCUGAUGUUCAGAUAUUUGGAAGUUUUAGUACAGGACUUUAUCUGCCAACAAGUGAUAUUGAUUUAGUGGUUUUUGGAAAAUGGGACAGCCCACCUCUCCAGCAGCUAGAACAAGCCCUAAGGAAACACAAUGUGGCCGAGCCACAUUCGAUUAAAGUACUUGACAAAGCUACAGUACCAAUAAUUAAACUUACAGACCAGGCUACAGAGGUGAAAGUUGAUAUUAGUUUUAAUGUAGAAACUGGUGUGAAGGCAGCUCGACUUAUCAAAGACUACAUGAAGAAAUAUUCAUUGCUGCCUUACUUGAUUUUAGUAUUAAAACAGUUCCUUCUUCAGAGGGAUUUGAAUGAAGUUUUUACUGGUGGAAUUAGUUCCUACAGCUUAAUUUUAAUGGCAAUUAGCUUCUUACAGUUGCACCCAAGAAUUGAUGCUCGAAGAUUUGAUGAAAAUCUAGGAAUGCUUCUAAUAGAAUUUUUUGAACUCUAUGGAAGGAAUUUUAAUUACUUAAAAACUGGUAUUAGAAUAAAAAAUGGAGGUGCCUAUAUUGCCAAAGAAGAAAUCAUGAAAACCAUGACUAAUGGAUAUCGACCAUCCAUGUUAUGCAUUGAAGAUCCCCUACUGCCUGGCAAUGAUGUUGGAAGAAGUUGUUAUGGUGCCAUGCAAGUAAAGCAGGUUUUUGACUAUGCCUACAUUGUUCUAAGCCAUGCAGUAUCACCACUUGCAAAAUCAUAUCCGAAUAGAGAUUCAGAAAGUACUUUAGGUAGAAUUAUUAAAGUGACCGAAGAAGUGAUUGACUACAGAGCAUGGAUUAAAAAAAAUUGGGGAAACAAAGCUAACUUUUCAUCUGAUCUUGAUGGUCAGCUGAAAGACAGAGAAUCAAUAUCUUCAGAGAGUGCAACCCAGAAUAGAGAUGCCGAAUUGCUUUACAACCAACCUUUGACUUUGUCAUUUACUGAUAUGCAACAAUUAUCAUCAGGUUCAUCUGCCUCUUCAGUGUCAUCUCUUUCUGGAAGUGAUGUUGAUUCUGAUACUCCACCUUGCACAACUCCUAAUAUAUACCACUUCAGCCUGCAAGCACCAUCUCCACUUACGGCUGGAAUACAUCCGGCAUUAACUAUGCCAAGUGGUAAAAAUCAGUCUGUGCCUGCAAGAGCAUUGAUUAUGGCCACGAAUAAUCAGCAGCACAAUGGAGUGAAAUUUACUGUGAAAGGAGCUCAUAAUCAAGGCAGUGGAUACAAUUCUGCCAGUAAUGGAGCUGUAAGGCAGCCAGUUAGCAACAGAGGUCAUCACCAACACAACCGUAAUAUUUGGAGGAGAAAGAAGUACAGGGACAGUUUGCCUAUUAGCCUUAGCAGAUAAUGGCCAACUUCAGAAUCCUCUUUAGACUAAUGCAGUGUGUGUGAUACUGCUCUGGGAGGAUUUGAGACCAGCACUGAGUACAUCUGUCUGUGGAUGUUGCCAAAUAUCUGCAUCCAAUGUUUGCAUGUUUCGUGUGUGGUGGUGGAGUCCAUCUUAAAAAGAAAUAAUUGUGCUUAUCGUGAAGCCUUAUUAACUGUGGAAGUUUGUCUUCUGCCUAUCCAUGAUUAUUACAGUGCUGAAACAGCUCUGGUAAGAUUAUUGGGAGGACCAUAAAUGCUGUGGCACUUUGCUGUAGCUGCAUUUGUUCAUAAUUGGUUGUUUUGUUUUCUUGGAAGGAUAAUGGGUUGCUUGAAUGUUACUUUCCAUUACAAAAUUUUAUUUGUGGCAUUGUUCACCACCUUCCCAUUCCUUCUAAAAAUGGUUUUGUUGCCUUACUCACAUCAAACAUAACGUGCAAUAACUUGGAAUGUUUUAAUCAUGAAAAUCUUUAUGAAACUGAGGGUGUGCACAUGUGCACACACAUCUGUUUAUGUCUGUAUGUGUGUGUGUGAGACAGAGACUUUUUUUUUUACAGAUCCUUUCCCAAGUUGCAUUUUCUAAGUUGGGUUCAUGUUUCUAGUGGAUUAGCUAAGCAAUCAAUUUUAACACAUCAAGCUAAUACUAUUGGAAGCUUCCUAAUUUGUAGAGGAACUGUUGGUCUGGCUUAAGUAUUUAUAAUAAUGAUUGAGUUAAAAGGCAUUUUAACUAGUUACCUUACUAGUCUGGCAUGCAAUGCUAAAUUCAAUCUUAUGAGAUAAAAUGCCAUCUAAUGCUCUUACAGAUCUCAUGUUUAGUGAGGAUCAUGUACAAAAAAUUGGAUCUUCAGUUUAUUUGCUACAGCUGGACAUAAAUUACUAUUAAAAUCAAGAUUGGUGUAUAUGUAUAUAUGUAUAUGUACAUGUACAUGUAUAAUGUAUAUGUAUAUGCAUAUUCAGAAAAGAGUCAGGGAUAUAUGUGUGUGUAUGUAAUGUGUGUGUGUGUGGUGGUGCGUGUUUAUAUAUCUCCCUGAUCCUUAACUGAAAAUUACAGAUACUGUACCAGUUCAUCAAUUAUAUUUACCUUCUGAUUGCUUGGGCCAUUGUUAAAUAAAGCAUCCAACUUGAAGAAUGUGGAGAAAGGAAUGUGUAGUGAUUCCAUUCAGGAAUCUGAUUAGCAGCCUGCAUUAGUUCUGUUGAGAGCAUCUACCUAAAAUGUAUCUUCUGGCUUCUCUAUGCAUUCUGAAGUGUUAUUCUCUUGUUUUGUAAAGACACAGCCCAUCCAGUGGUAUUGAGAUAAUCUGUACGGCAAGCAACUGAUUUAAAGAUGCAUACAGAUAUACUAUGCAAGUGUGUAUCAUCAUGGCAACAUAUUUGUUUUAUUUUAAAACCCCAAAUUGUGUAUACAACCUACCCUGCAUUUAAAAAGUACCAUGUUUCUUAAUAUCACUUACUCCAUCUUUUUAUGCUUCCUUCCCCCCCCCCCCCCUUUGUUAAAAUACAAGUUCUUAAAAUUUGGAAAGCAUUGUGUUUAGUAAUUCUGCUUGAAGAAAUUCUGACAUCUUAAAUUGUACAUAGAAAUGAUUUUUUAAAGCAGUGAAUGUUUGACACAGAAUGGUCGGACAUUGAUGUAGCACAUGCUAGAGAAUUUUUUUCAAAACAAAUGCAAGGCCUUUGAAUAUCAUGAGAGAAAAGAUUGCAACAUUCCAAAGCAGAGUAGCACAUAUUUUGACUACAAUUCAUCUUGAUCUAAUUUUAUCUUUUAAAUUGAUUGUAAGGUAAUCAGAAAGACAGGCAUAAAAUACAAGGUUUACUAUGCUAAUCAGUAUCUGUAUGGAAAGAUAUAUAAAGUUUGCAAAUUUAAGGGAAAUAUGAACAUGAAAGUUACUGAAAAUGUACACUACGGUUGUAUCUCUACCUGCAAGUUGCCCUGUCAUACUCCUUAUCACAGAUUAUAUAUUAUUUCCUCUGGAAAUGACUCUUGAAUCUUAAAACUAUGUUCUAGAUAUACACGGGUUUUUAGGUCCCCAACCCCAUACUGAAGCCCCUUAAGUAUGCUACCCACCUUUU